UACCCUCUCCGUCUUUUUCCUUUUCGUCUUCUUCCAAUCCCGAGGAGGAUAUAGCAGACGGCAGCUAUAUCCUCUCAAUCAUAAGCAGAAAAUUUGAGAAAGGGAAUUAAAAAAAGCGUGGAAGAAUUAAGUUCCUUUGCGAAACACCAAGAAAGAGAAAGUGGGGAAUUCUCGUAUGUGGGUGUUUGACAAGUGGGGAAGACGGUGGAAACAGAAAUCAGCUUUGUGAUGGGAUUAAGACCAUCAGCAGAAGAAACGGAGACAUGUCAUGGUGCAAUAACCCAGAAGACGACACAGGAACUCUAAACUUAGUAACAGUAGCCGCCACCACUUCCGCUCCCUACCUGAAAAUCCAUGAAAUCUCAACCAUUGUUUGCCCUUCAUGUGGCUAUAACAUACCCUACCAAGAUCAGACGGGAAUUCAUGAUUUGCCAGGGUUACCAGCGGGGGUGAAGUUCGAUCCGACUGACCAAGAAAUUUUAGAGCAUUUAGAGGCAAAAGUAAUAUCUGAUCUGCGCAAGCUUCAUCCCUUGCUUGAUGAGUUUAUUCCAAUGCUGGAAGGAGAAAAAGGGAUUUGCUAUACUCAUCCAGAGAAGCUUCCAGGAGUAAGCAAGGAUGGCCAAAUUCGACACUUCUUUCAUCGACCCUCCAAGGCAUACACAACGGGGACAAGGAAGAGAAGAAAAGUGCACACGGACGAAGAAGGGAACGAAACGAGGUGGCACAAAACGGGCAAGACCCGAGCAGUUUCGGCUGGUGGGAUAGUGAAGGGUUUCAAAAAGAUAUUGGUUCUCUACACCAAUUAUGGCAGGCAAAGGAAGCCCGAGAAGACAAACUGGGUGAUGCAUCAAUAUCACCUCGGCAACAACGAAGAAGAGAAAGAUGGGGAGUUAGUGGUUUCCAAAGUCUUUUACCAAACUCAACCCAGACAAUGCGGUCCAAGUAGCAGUGAUAAGUAUGCGCUGGAUAGAAAGCUUAAGAACCGAAGCCAGCAUCAAAGUCCAAUCAUGGCGCCUAAGACUAGUAGCGACUCGGGUCUUGUGGAGUACACCAAUCCACCUUUUGUUUCAUACGGUGAUGGUGGGUUUCAGCACCAUAACAGAGAAAGCCCACCUCAGCUAAUCUCAAAUCUGGUUGGUGGAUCCUCGUUGAUUCGAUUAACCUCUGAUACAAGCAAAGGGAGACUUGAAAGAAAAUAGCAGCAAUGGGAAAGAUGUGCUCCAUUUGGUUGUUGUUGUGGCAGCUGUUGCUUUGUAAUAGUCAAAUGAACCAUCAGAUUGUGAAUUUUGCUGAGGAAAGGAGAAUGUCUUCUUUCCUUGAAGAUUAAGGAGUCGGAUGCUUUGGAAGAUUUGCCCAUCAUGAGACCAUGCUCUUGAUCGCAAACAAGAUAUCUAGCUGGCAUUUGCAUAAUAUUUAUAUAUUCUUUGACCUUAUUUUAUAUAUAAUGUUUGAUAUAUGUAGUAGGACUGCCACAUAAAACUUCUACAAAUACUUGCUACAGGCUUAAUUAGUUUUUAUCAAUUAUCAUGCAACUAUUUUUAUUC